AUGGCUUACCCACAACAAGGCCCCGGGCCUUCCACAUACUAUCAGCAGUCUCCUCCGCCUCAGCCACAGCAAUCACAACCCCCGCAACACUCGCCACAAGCACAGGCGCAAUUGCAGUCACCCCCGCCUCAACAUUCACCACAAGGGCAACACCAUCACAUUUAUGGGACACACAGCCCAGGUCCACGCCCUAUACAGAAUUAUUACCAGUAUCCACCUCCUGGCCCCCCGCCACACCAGUAUAUGGGCUCAUACCCCCCGCAGGGGUCGCCUUCAAGAGGGAGAGGAGGGAGAGACUAUGGCGGUAGAGGCGGCGCACAUCACUACCACCAUCACCAGCAACAGCAUCAUGCGCAACAUCAGCACCCCCCACCGCAUCAUCAACCACAUUACUCACCGUACAGCCCACACCACGUCACCUUACCACACCCACAGCACCCACACGCUCUACCUCCACAUCACGCUCAACAACACGCUCAACAUGUCCAGUCAUAUUCUCCCCAACCUCAGAAAUAUUCUUCGGGCCCAACCUUUUACCCAUCUCCAUCUGCACCUGUUUUUACGCCUUCGUGGCAGACACAGCAGGCAAUGAUGUCACCGCUGCCGAAGCAGCUUUCUAUGCCGCCUCCUCAACCCCCUGCGUUGGUGGCUGGUUAUUCAAAUUAUUAUGAACCACCACAGCCAUUAUCAUCCGGAGUUCCUUCGCCUGUACCAGUUGUACAGAGCGUCGAACAACCAGCGAUUCCCAUCCCUAUUCCACCUGUCUGUGAAGAUCUCAAAACCGACCCUACCCUACCUACUCCCGAACCUUCAACCCUACCUACUUCUGUUUCUGGCACAGAAACAUUACCUUCACUUUCUUUAGCGGUUCCUUCUACGUCAACGGCCACCUCUUCGCCUGCUCUGUCACCCUCUGCGCCAUCUUUCUUCCCCUCUGGAUCUUCCCCAUUGUCUGUAUCUGUUUCUGCAACGCCAGCACCUCCCGUAGAUGUAAAAUUACCAGAAUCGGAACCACCGUUAGAAGUACAACAUGCAGCUGCAUCCACGACUCCUACGCCUCAGGAGCCACAAGAACAAAAAAUUGUUGCUCCAGCAACAUCUACGUCGAGUUAUGCACGGAUGGGAUCGAUCGCGACGGAGCCCACUGCUAAUACACCGACAUCGACAUCCGUCGUUUUCAUUGCCCAAGCCUUCUCGUCUUCAUCACCCCGAACAUCUCCGGCCUUAACAUUCUCUGCAUUACCCAACGGCGUUUCCAGCACAUCGCCGACGUACGACACCAUCACAAUUCCUAUUCCUGCAUCAUCAUCGUCAAUCUCUUCUUUUCCCUCAUCGUCGUCGAUCUCCACGUCCACGUUACCAACUUCACAAUCCAGCUCAACAUCGGCUUCCACGACGCUGCCCGAUGUUCCUCUUCCACCUUCUCUUCCUCACCAACCGAACCCAAUCCUUCAAUGGGCAAUCUGGGCUCGGCGGCCUUAUGAUCCUGCUAAUGCUCCUGGGAUAAUUAUUAGUCCCAGAGCACGACCGCCAAUGGAGGUUGUGCAAGCUGCGAUGGGAGGAAAGGGGCCCGGAGUUGGUGAGGGCGUGGGCGUUGGUGGUCCCAAAGUAAAAGAUAGGGAAGGGGCAGUUGAUGGUGAGGAGAAGGACAAGGCGGAGAAGAAACCGGAAGAAAAGGUCGCGGUAUCUGCAGACGCGUCAUUCUCUACCUCGACGUCGACGUCUACUUCUUCGGCCGCGAGCGUCGCAGAUGCGGAAACGACUGUGCCUUGCUCGCCAGCAAGCUCACAUACGAGCGUCGACGCGUCUGUUGUUGCUGCCGUUGUUGACGAUGCAUCCAAACCGACAAGUGGAGAAAAAGAAUCGGCAAAAGCAAAAGAUUUAAAAGAAAAGAGCGAAAGUUCAACGCCUAAGGCGAGUUCGAACACGGAUGGUCCCACUCCGGCAGCACCUGCGGGCUCAGCCACCCUGGAUGCUAAGUCUAGCUUGUCCACGUCAGCGACAACUGAGAAGGAAAGUGCUAGCGAGCAGUCGAAAGAGGGGAAUACACUGAUUCCUGCCGCGGCCACGUCAACAAUCACCCCAGCGACGAUGACGAAGGCUGCUACCACUGAGACGGCCACACCAGCCACGACGACACCUGGAACGCCCGCUCAGUCUGACGCUUUACAGCUUCCUUCGACACCCACCACUUCGACGACUGCUGCAGUCCCAGCCGCAGCAACACCCCCGGUCAAAAAAUCAUGGGCCUCACUUCUGCGCCCUGCAACCUCUUCGCCUUCCACACCAGGAGCAUCUGGAUCUGGUUCGCCAUCCGGAGCGGAGACUGCAAAACGCUCUGCACUCCCUGUUUCAAAUGUGGUUGGCUUCUCGAUCCCAGCUACCGCUCUUGCUGGUACAGUUCCGAAUGCCAGCCCUGCACCUGCAGUUCCUGUUGCAGGCGCAGCAAUUGGCAUCACAGGCGCGCGUCGCGCCGAUCUAAUCACUCUGCUUACUACUGGUCCACCCUCUCCUGUACCCCCUCCUCACUCCGCCUCCACAGGUGGUCCUAUUAACUUUGCCGCUGCCGCUGCGAGCGCGAACGCAGCGCAAACGUAUGCGAAACAAAUUGAGGCAGCGAUGGGCGCGACGCUCAAGGUCCGCCCGCGUGGGCUCGUCAAUAGCGGGAAUAUGUGCUUUGCAAACUCAGUGUUGCAGGUAAUGGUGUAUUGUCCGCCAUUCCACCGGUUGUUUGGUGAGCUUGGGCGGGUAUUCAGAGGGCUGGAUGGCGAGAAGGGGAAUGGGAAGGAGAAGGGCAGAGAGACGCCGCUUGUUGAUGCGACAAUCGAGUUCUUGAGGGAGUUCGUGGAAGAUAAAAAGGUCAAAGGCGUUAAUGGGAACGGAAAUGCUAAUGGAAGUGCCAACGGUAAUACUUUGGCGUCUGCAUUUGCCUUUGCCAGUGCCAGUGGUAGCGGGCGAGGAAAAGGAAAAGAGAAGGAUAUUUCCAUGGGAGAGCCUGAAAGGAAUGAAGAUGACUGGGAUGGCGAGUCAUUUUUGCCAACGGGUAUUUAUGACGCUAUGAAGGCGAAGAAGAGGUUCGACGGGAUGAGGGGUGGUCACCAAGAAGACGCAGAAGAGUUCUUUGGAUUUUAUCUCGACACUCUCGAAGAAGAGCUACUGGGUCUAUUGCACGCUAUCAACCCUCCACCUCAACCCACAACCGCGACACGGCAGGUCAACGGAGUUGAAGAAAAGGAGGAGGCUGCACCGCCCGAGGAGGAUGGAUGGCUCGAGGUGGGCAAGAGAAACCGUAUGGUACAUACUCGCACCAUUAAAGUUACUGAAUCGCCUAUUACGAGAAUUUUUGGAGGUAAAUUCAGGUCUACGCUUCGCGCACCUGGGCAAAAAGAUUCGGUUGUCGUUGAGGAUUGGAGGUCUUUGAGACUAGACAUUCAGCGAGAUCAAAUACAUACCAUCCAAGACGCGCUGUCAUACAUUUCCUACCCACAACCUGUUCAAGUCACUCAAGGCUCGCGCACCAUCGAGGCGCAGCAGCAAGUUCUCAUUGAAGCCCUUCCACCGAUCUUGGUAUUGCAUAUCAAGAGGUUUUGUUAUGAUACCGCAGUAGGCGGUGUCGUCAAAGUUGGCAAACAAAUCGCAUUUGGGCCAGAGUUGGAGAUUGGAGCUGAUGUUAUGGUCCCUGCUGCAAAGAAAUCGCAGCCCGUAAAAUAUAAACUGUUUGGUGCUCUGUACCAUCACGGUCUUUCAGCAUCAGGAGGGCACUAUACCCUGGACGUGCUUCAUCCUAAUCGAUACCCCACUACUUCCUCCAACGCCUCCGCCCCAGGCAAGCAGCAACUUCGCGAAGGAUGGGUCCGCAUCGACGAUAACCUCGUGUCGGACGUCCGACCGGAUGAUGUGUUCGGCUCUCUUGAGAAAGAUGAGUCGAAGUGUGCCUACUUGUUGUUCUACAGGCGGAUAUGA